AUGCCGGGGAGAGCAGCGCUGCUUGUGCUGGCCCUUGGACUAGCUGCGACUGCACAAAAGCCCACGCUGACCCUUGACCCUCCGUGGAGCACAGUGUUUAGGGGGGAGAGCGUUACUCUAAUGUGCAGCACAUCCCACCCUCCUGGACGGGGAUUCACAUGGUAUCACAACGACAAGUCACUCAGAAGCACAAUAAAAAACAGCCUCAGAAUUGAAUACACAGAAAUGAGUGAUACAGGUAGAUACCAGUGCGAGGCUCCUGGCUCCGGGCGAAGCGAUCCCGUUCUGCUGACCAUUUCUAAUGAUUGGCUGAUUCUCCAGGCCCCUUACUAUGCCAUGUUCGAAGGGGACCCGCUGCGCCUGAGGUGCUACGGAUGGAGGGGAGCAAAGGUGUCUGGGAUAAGCUAUUACAGAGAUGGAGCAAAUGUUGAACCAUCCCAUGUGAACUCAGAGCUGUUCAUCAAACAAGCAAAGACACGUGACAGUGGCAGAUAUCACUGCACAGGAUCAAUGAGAACUGAAGUCAUAGUUACUAAAGUCAGUUCUCCUAAGGUGUCUAUUUCUGUCCAAGAGUUGUUUUCGUCUCCAGUGCUGAGGGCAGCACACUCAGGUGACCCCAUAGAAGGAAGCCCGGUGACUCUGAGUUGUGUCACACAGCUCAACCCCCAGAAAUCGGACACAUUGCUUCAGAGAUUCUUCUACAAAGACAGCAGGGCCUUGGGAGAAGCUUGGAGCUCCCCUGACUACCACAUCCCAGUGUCAGGGCUACAAGACUCAGGAUCUUACCAUUGUGAGGUGCAGUUUUCAAGUGUAUGGAAACAGAGUCCCAAGUUAAAGAUUGCUGUUAAACGAAUCCCGGUGUCCCGAGUCUCCCUGGAGGUCCAGCCCCUCAGGGGACAGGUGACGGAAGGGGAGCGGCUGGUGCUGAACUGCUCUGUGACUAUGGGCACGGGGCCAAUCACCUUCUCCUGGCACCGAGAGGACUCCAAUCAGGCUCUGAGAACAGAGACUCGGAGCUCUCAGAGGAUGGUCUAUGAGAUCUCCGCGGCCACGGAGACCGACACAGGGGAGUAUUACUGCAUGGCCUCCAACGGCAACGCCCCAGCACCGAGCCCAAGGGUGAAAGUUGCCGUGAAGGUGCCUGUGUCCGGGGCCACCAUUGCCGCAGAUCGCAUGGGGCCAGAGGUCAUGGCUGGAGAAAGCCUGAAUCUCAGCUGCUCGGUGGAGUCCGGCACCGCCCCCCUGUUCAAGUGGCUUCACAACGCCCAGGAGCUGGCUGCAAUCUCGGGGCUCGGCCCGCCCACGGCUGUGGGGAACACCCUGUAUUUCGGGUCUGUGCAGCUGGGCCAUGGAGGGAAUUACCAGUGCAUUGCCAGCAACCAGCUCAGCCCCCAGAGAGUCUUCCAGGCCCCCAGUGAGAUCCUGACCAUCGCCGUGAUAGAGCACGCGAGCUCCCGGGUGGUUGUGCCUGCGACUGUCUCCUUCCUGUUCCUGAUCCUGAUGGGUGUCACUGCGGCUCUGGUGUUCUACUUCAAGUGCUGGAAGAAAGCAGAAGGAAUGGUUUUCAAUGCCCAGGGGAGGGACACACAGCUCCCAGCCCAGCACGAACCCCCUGGCCAGAGGCUGCCUCCACCGGGGAGCUUGGGCCUCCAUGCUGAAGAGCCAUCUUACGGCAAUGUGUGUCCCCUGGAGCCGGAGAGUGGAGACGUGGAGUAUACAGUUGUCAACAUCAAGAAAAGCAGUGGGGAUAAACCCAAGGGAACUCUGCCAAGGGACAACGAGGAAUACUAUGUCAGCUACUCUGUGUUUCCGGACCCCAAGCCCACCUGGGAGUCAGCCGCAGGAGCGAGGGCUCCAGAAGGGAAAUCCCUACCCGACAGUGACAUUUAUGAAAACGUUCCCCACCUGUGA